AUGUUUCGCACUCUGGAGUCGCCGUGGUCGUUGUUGGAGGAUCUCUCAGCAAGGUCUGCGGUCCUCAUCCAGUUCGGAAGAGCUUUUAUAGAUAAUAAGGGGAUCCGCAAAGGCACAUCCGUUGUGAUACUGAGCUAUCCUCGGUACUGCCGGUAUCGGGCGUUGAUGAAACGGUUGGAGGGCAUCGACAAUGAGUUGGUACGGCACAAGAUCAUUCACGCUUGGGGCGGAAUUCGCGUGCGAUCGGACAACACUCGCGUCCUCUUCUGCAAGGACACCUUCGACUACCCCGAGCUGGAGGGACACGAGCUCCUCUGCAAUCAUCUAGCCCCGAAAUUGAAAGGCCGUCCGCGUGGGAAGCGGAAAAAGCGCAGCAUCUCCCCGGGCUCGGAGAGCAACGAAUCGGAGUCCUCCGUCUCGGCCGCUUUCAAUUCCGCAAAGAACAAAAUUUCGACUGAAGUUACACGCAACGGUCUGCGAUGCGAGCGGACAUCGUCGCCGAGACGCAGCACCCGUUCCAUGGAGAACACCGAGAACAAAGACUUUAUUAGGAAACUAUCGACCUUCUUGAAGAGUAUCCGAACUCCCAUGGGACGAAUUCCAUCUUUAGGCUACAAAGAACUGGACUUACAUUUAUUUUACAACAAAGUGCAAAAACUGGGGGGCUACGAUUCCGUGACGGCCAAUCGGCUUUGGAAGUCGAUAUUCGAUGACUUGAGCGGAAACCAUUCGAGCACGAGCGCCGCGACGGUCAUACGAAGACAUUACGAAAGGUUUCUUCUGGCGUACGAGAGGCACUGCAAGGGUGAGGAAUACAAACCAGUUACAGUUUCCGAGAGGAGGAAAUUGAAGAAUAAGACGGGUAAUAAUAGUGCCAGUGAUGCGGAAACGAGCGAGGGCACAUCGGGAUGCGCGGCGCCUCACCCCGCAAUCCCGAGCUGCUCCACCGCAAUACCAUCCACCUCAAGUGAUAAGCAGUUCAAAUUUGAUGCCAUGAAACCGUCGUGUUCGUAUUCAUCUUCGCUGCGAAGUGUUCGCGUAAAGUCGGACAGGUCGCGUGAAAUGAAGACAGACUUGGUGGAUGGUGAGAAGAAGCAUAUGCCUGAGAAGAAUCCGGAGCCGGUGACGGGGGCCGUGGCUCCGGUGCAGAAGAUCACGCCGGAAAAGUCGACGUCCCCGGCUGAAGGAAAAGAGAACAUACCUCUGUUCAAUGCGAGGGAUUCGCAGAGCGACGACGACGAUCUCAUCGAGGUGCCAUACAGACCGAAGACGCCGGAAAUCAUUGAUCUGGACGACGAAGUCUACAGCAGCAAAAGCAACAACAAUAACAACAUCAACAGUAAUAAUAAUAACAAUAAUAGCAACAGCGCGAGUCAAACGGCGGUCGUGUUUGACGACAAGAAAGGUAAACUGGAUAUACUGAAGGAGGGUGGAUUGGAAGUAACUCCGGUGCGGAGCUACUUGGCGCCGGCCGCCAAAGACACCGCGACGAGACCUUCCGUCAUCCAAGACAACCAUCUGCUGAUGCCGCCGCCGCAGACGAGCCUCAGCAAAAAGCUGCCGCCCGCGCAGAUCAUCCCCAAACACGUGCAGUACCCGCAGAUGUAUCCAUUCAACGGACCGACGCAACCGCCGCGCGUCGUCCAGUCCAAGUCGAUUUACGCCCCGUCGCAGAGGACGGUGUACGGCGAUCCCAAAGACCUCUUCGGCCAUCAAGUGCAGACGCCCAAGUUUGCCAGUAAAACACCCGUCACCGAUCUGCUCGAUCUGACGGUGCGCAGUCCGCAGAAACCGGUCGUGGAAAUAAUGCGAGUGUCGCCGGUGCCGUCGCCGAAGCUGCCCACCAACACAAGCACUUCGAGCAGCAGCAGUAGCAGCAGCGCCACCAGCAAAAACAUUUUCAAUACGCCCGCGCUGCCGCUGCUCGAAGGCCGCCGGAUCAAUUCCAAUCUGGAGAUCACCUUGGUGACAAAACCUCAGGUCAAGAUGACGACCACCCCGCACCAACAUGUCCAGCAGCAGCAGCAACAGCAGCAGCAGCAACAACCACAACUGAUGUUCAUGCACCCCAAUUUCUAUCCGCCUGCUCCGCUUUUACCGACGACCUCCAAGAGACGAUCCGCCUCUACCGUAGACCACGGUAUUCCACACAAGUACGGCCGCAGCGAGGAGAACGGUCGCAAGCAGCAUUACGGCAAGAACAAGCAGAUGACGUACAUCAGAGCGCCGAAGGCGGCCGAGAAGACGACUGCAGCGGCGCAAAACGUCGUCCCCAAAUUUAUACCCAGCAACCAAGCACCGAUCUUUUCGCACUACCCCAACCAGCAGCAGGCGAACAAGAUCGGCCCGUACGCCAUCAACCCCAUGUACAUGCAGGCCAUCCAAAGUAUGUACGGAAGUGGGACGCCCCCGAACCCCGGAUCGGCUGCAGCGGCCGCAGCAGCAGCAGCAUCAGCCUCUUCGCCUCUCUUCCCCAUGAUUCCAAACGACAGGCUGAUGAUGCAGUACGCCCGUCUCCCCUUCAACUACGCCUUGGCCCAGAACGACGGUAGCAGCAUUCCCUCCAUCACCACCUCAUCCGACAACAAAGGAAAGAAACAGUAAAGACGAAAACCAAACAGCCGCAAGACACACGUCAAUUUACUAUUCAAUUUACACGGAUCCAGAGAAAUUACUUUAAUUUCAUGCUGACGACGAAGAAGAAAGAAAAAAAACGUAUUUCGGUUUUCAUUUAAUUCGUUUAGUUUUUAACACGGACAGACUUUCGUUUGAUUUUUUUUGUUUCAAAAUUUUGCCCCCCAUUUAGAACAUCCCCUUUGUUUAUUGAUCGAAUCGGCCAUGAAUUUUAUCUAAGCACCCCAACCCCUCCCCCAUUAUAAAUGUUUUGUUUUUUUUUUCCCUUAAAUUCGAACCAAACGAAGAAAACAAAAAUCUAAUAACGAGCAAAACGCCCUUCGAUUCGUUGAUGACAUUGAAGAGGAAUUUUCGAAUGUUUUUAUUUGUUUUUGAGAGAGAGAGAGAGUGCGUACACGAAACAAGAGAAGAAAGAAGGCAAGUAAUUGGAAAAUGUAAAUGUAAUAAGUUUUUAGAAUGUAAAUCUACUUUAGCGUUUAACUACUAGGUUUACUGUAACGGUACGUAAGUGAAUAAGUGAAGAAGGAGAAGUAAAAAAAAAAGAUGA